AUGCCGAAGCAGCUCGACUGGCAGGACACAAACCUGGCCAACUUUGGCUCAGAGAUCGAGAGGAAGUGCAAGGCGGCCGCAGCCGACGGUGAGCCGCAAUGGAUCGACGUUGGGAAAAGCGCGGGAAUACAAGUCUGGCGCAUGGAGCAGUUCAAGGUUGUGCCGUGGCCCAAGUACAAGUACGGUCGCUUUCACCGCGGCGACUCGUAUAUUGUGCUGCGCACAUACCUCAAGGACCCAGCCUCGAUGAAGCUUGACCAUGACGUGCACUUUUGGAUCGGCAGCGAAUCGACCCAAGACGAAUACGGUACGGCGGCCUACAAGACGGUGGAGCUUGACGACAAGCUGAGCGGCCGCGCAGUGCAGUAUCGCGAGGUCGAGGGCGGCGAGAGCGAUCGUUUCGCGAGGCUGUUCCCACAGGGACUGCGUUACUUGGCCGGAGGCACCGCUUCCGGCUUCAAGCACGUCGACGAUGCUGCAGAGCGCGAGCCCGUGCUGCUGCGGAUCAAGGGCUUGGCUGGCAACGUCGCCAUGCGACAGGUUAAGCUCAGCAGAACGGUGAUGAACUCCGGGGACUGCUACGUGAUGGACACGCCGCAGUGCAUCUACCAAUGGAACGGCAAGGAGUCCAGCGCCCACGAGAGAGCCAAGGCUUCUGAGCUCUGCCGGCUGCUCCAGCAGGACAAGCACCGAGACACAAAGGUGCUCGAUGAGGGCACGCCCGAGGGUGAUGGCACGAGCCCUGAGUGCUCCAAUCACGGCUUUUGGCGGCACCUGCCUGGCGAGCGGCGAUUUUUGGGCCUCAGAGUGAGCCGAAUCUCCAUCCAGGACGAGUCCGCCGGCGGGAGCGACGGCGACGUCAAGGCAUUCGAGCCGCUUCUGCUCAAGGUGACGGCCGACGGAGACACGCCACACUUUCGCGUCGUGUGGAGGGGCAAGGCACCGCCCUCCUCGCGCCUUGACAGCUCGCGCGUGAUGCUGCUCGACGACGGCUUCCAGUGCUUUUGCUGGAUCGGCAAGGACGCGCCAAGGGAAGCCCGCACGACGGCCUUUAUGCUCGCCCAGCUGUACCUCAAGAAGUGGAAGCGACCGUCGGUGCUGCCAGUCACGCUCUUGAAGGAGGGCCAGGAGAAGAAGGCCUUCUCCGCUCUGUUGGGACCCGCCGAGCCGGCCGCCGAGGGCUGCGGUUGUGUCAUCUCCUAA